CUUGCAGUACACAAGCUCGGGUGUCACAAAUCUUUACUUGUAAUGUUAUGGAACUUGUGUCGGGAUAUCCUUGCCUUAUUUGUGCACUAGGUGUGCGAAAAACAUCCAAUACUGCAUAAGCAUAGUAAAUUUAUCCAUAAUCAAACAUGAUUUUAACGAGGUGACGUACGCGCUGUAAAGUACGGCUACGAGUCUUUCACUGUGUUAGUUAGGUUAUUCGUAGCAACUUCGGGGCUCUCAUAACCCUACUAUUCGUUCUGCAGCUUUUCGUUAAUGCAAUCAGGUUGUUUACCAUGAUAUUGGGAAAUCGCGCUAGCCGUUAAUUUCCUUAUAGACUUUGUUCGAACUGGUGCAAGUUGAGUUUCUUGAACAAAAAAUGGUAUAGUCAUUAAUGCGAUCAUUAUGUCACAAAUGAUGUCGCUAAUUGGGGAAGGUGAUGUCUGUCAUAAAAUGAUAGAAGGAGAGAUCGACUUAAAUAGAGACUGUUCAGAAUAUGGGAAUUCUAUUAGAUUUGUUUGCGAUGGGAAAUCUGAUAGUGAAAUUGAAGGCCAGCACGUCGACAAUGAGGACAUUGUCACUGAUCAUCACAUGGAAGGAGUUGCUGAAAAUACGAGUUCCGAUAACAUAGAAGAAGCUCCGGUAUACUUUGAAGAAGCAUUGGAUGCAUGCGAAGAAGUCACUGUAGAUUAUAAUGAACACUCUUCUUCAAUUUCUUUUUUUGAAACCAAAGUGAAAGAAGAAUGGUAUGGAGGUGAAAGCGAUGAAUUUUCACCUGCUACACCGGAUUGUGAGACAAGUGGGACGUUAAUAAACCAUGAAGACACUGAAGAGAGAGAGAAUCAAGAUGGGGAAGAUGAAGACGAGGAAGACGAGGAAACUAUAGCAACCUUUGUAACAGCUGCAGGUCAGCAAUUGGCUCUGUAUGCUGUGGAAGAUUCGGAUGAAAUUUUUGCUGUAGCAGUGUACGAUGAGUCAGGAGAACCACCAACAAAUUUCCAGUUUCUUAUGAAAGCUGACGUCGAACGCCUCAUAGGAGAAGGUGCCGUGAGAACAGUGAAGAAACCCAGUCAAAUGAAAAAGCAAUUGCUGACUGCACCUCCACCUGUGUUUGUAUCUCGAAACCUGCAUCAACAGGGCAUUCCAGAGAAUGAAAAAUCAAAGCCUUAUAAGUCAAGUGAUUUCAGACUUAAACAUGAAUCCAAAAGUAUCAAUGCUAGUCAAGAUUCUAUGCUAGCUUCCGAUAAACACGUUACAUCUAGUUUAUUUUAUUCACCUGGAAGUAAACAGUCAAAUGUCACGUACAUGAUAAUGGGCAACGAUAAAACCAAUAGCAAUCGAGAAGGGUCUGAGAGUGAAAAUGAAAUUGUUGAACAAUCAACGGUGCAGUAUAUUCUUUUUGGUGACAAUCAAUCCGAUUCAGAAUUAACGUUUGAUGAAAUUGAAGCUACGCUACAAAAUCUGAAGGGAAACCAAUCAAAGUCGAAAAAUUCACAUAAUAAGAAAAUGAUUACAGAUCAUAAGAUUGCAAACGGUGUUGUUACAAGUACCUCCGAUAAUCAUUUUGUAGAUACCAAUUCACACUUUACAUCACAAGAAAUUUGUUCGGGUACAUUAGACUUUAAUUAUAAGGGACAUCAGAAUUCCUUUCAUACAAAAAAAGUGCACUCGAGUUCAUUAAUAGGAAAAAAACAACAUUAUGUCGAAGGAAAGUCUGGGCUGUUAAAUAUGUACACUUCGGAUCACAUGUCGGUUAAACAAAAUUUAUCCACUAAUAGCCCUCAGGGUACUCUUUCAGGGUCGAUUCAAAUUGGAUUACGAGUUAAAAGAUCUCGUAAACAACAACUUACUUCCGUCAAUCGCGGUGAUUCGGAAAUUAUAAUACAGCCGGCAUCUCUUCUCUGUGAAGAAGAAAGUACUUCUAGGAAACGAGGAAAGCGAAGAAAGAAGAACCUACCCGAUCCAGACUAUAACCCAAGAUCUUCCCGAUCGAAGAAACUUAAGAAAGCUAGGAAGCAUCGUUCCGUUGAAAUAAUUGACUUAGACAUUGACGAGGAAGAGGGAGAAAGAGAUAUUGUAGAAAUCACUUUAGACGAUAACAAAGAAAAGGAUUCUAGUGACAAAGAAAAUGAAGUUAUUAUGGUAGGAGACUCGGAUGAUGAAUCUCAGGAGCCUGUAUUAAAAUUGCCACCACCCUUGUUGCAGUGUGAAUAUUGUUCGAGAAACUUUAGACAAAAAAGGGCUUUGGAUACGCAUUCUCGCGUAUGUUCGAUGUCUCCUUCUAACAUUCGUAAGACGAAAGAGAGAUCUAUGAGAAUUCAAGCGAAUGAGAACGGCGAGACCACUGUUAAAAAGCAGUACCCCUGUAAAAUAUGCCAACAGAAAUUUGAUGUGGUAGUUGCUUUGGCAAGACACGUAAGAGCGGAACACUCACUAAAGAAGAGAAGUCGAACUAUGAAAUCAGCAGUUGAGGUAAAGCCAGCUACACCGCCUCCUACGGAGGAAGAAAAAGUGGAGGAGAAAAGCACUCCGAUCAAGAGGACUAAAAAGCAACAUAGUCAGAGUUUGAAUCGUAGAUGGAAAAUAAAAAAAUUAAAUUGUACCGACUGUGGCAGAUGGUUCCCUAGUGCAGCUUUGUUAUCAGCACAUUGUCUGCAGCAUGCCACAAAAAAAUCUGAGCAGAAGCCACGUAAGUGCCAAACAUGUAAGAAAAUUAUCAAAUCAAGAUUGCUUUACAUUCGGCAUUUGAGAAUGCACAGCAGUGUUAAAGAAAUCCCCAAAUCCAUCUCAAAUACCUUGCAAAAAAAAUUGCGACAUACCAGGCAGUCUACAAGCAACAUUAAGUCUCUCAGAAAACGAGGAAGGCCACGAAAACUUUGAUCUAUCGCGUAAUUCACUUAGGCUCCGAAAAUCGAUUUGCAGCAAUUCAUAGCAGUAAGAAAUAUGUAACAACGUUGGAGGCAUAGUUGGUUUAUUUAGUGGCAGAUAUUGAUUUCUUCUCUGUCUGCUUUUCGUAAAUACGUUUAAGCGUUGCAUCUGGUGAAAACUGUGUUUGAAUUUGUUUCAGAAACUUUGUUAAUGUAUUGGAUCUUACUAGACAAUUUUUAUGCAUUCUGAUAAAUGUAUAAUUUUCGAAUACUCGCUUCAAGAUUUUCGAAAAAAUUGGAAUCAGUUUCUCACCAGACUUGCUUUAAGACUAAACGUGAGAAACAAAGAUUAAAGUUUAAUUUCACGUAUGUAUAUUUCAUAGGAGGACCGAUAUAAAUUUUGAGUCAAUGUUAAUGCAGAAUCAACUUUGACAUUUGGAUUGUCUGUAAUCUGUUUAGCAUAUCAAUUUAAAAUAUUGAUUACAUUAUCCGUUGUUACAAAGAACUAAGGAAUAGAAGAAUCUUAAACGAAUCACGUACUACUUACUUCGUAAUAAAUACAAAAUUGAAUGAAAUAGAUAAAUGCAUAUGUACCCAGUUUUGAUAAGUGGGUAGAAGCAAGUGAUUUCAUUUAUUUCAACCAAUUUUGGAAUUGGAAUUGCCUGUAUUUAUCCACUUAAUUAUUUUUUUUUAAUAGAACUAUAACCAUAACGAUGGGUGUAAGAAGAAAAUAACUAUAUACUUUUUCAAAACCGUCUUUUAGACGCACAUGUAAAUAAGAGUAAUUAAAUUUAAAUAUCUACAUUGCUAGAAUUAAUUAUUUCUCAUAUUUGUGUAUGUCGUUAUCGAAUCGUAAUUUAAUAUCAUUUCGAUAUUGCCAUCGAGGGCAGCAAAUCAUUAGGGAAUAGUUUGUGCAAUCUGUGCAGUCAGAUAUUGCAAUCCCCGUAAAUCGUAGGAAAAGCCUGAAAAAAUUUUGUUAUAUUUUCUUUCUACAGGAACUUUAAUAAAUGCGUAGCAAGUGCAUCGAGAUCAUUAUUACCAAAUUUUGGUUUAAAUUAUUAUCAGCACGUUAAUGUUGUAAGUGGUCUUGUAAAUAAAGCACUGUUCAAAUCAUUGGGAUUUAAAUAUUAAAUGGACUUGUGUUGAAUGGAUAUGUAACAGGUAAUUUUAUUAUAGGGAAACAAUGAAAUCCAUGUAAUAUUUUGCAUAUAGCGUUACUUGCAAACGUUCAUACGAAGUAGAAGUAAGAUGUAUAGUUAUAUCGUAAACAAAGAAGUGACAUUAAUAAUUGUAAAUCAUUUUAUCGAUUUAAUCCAGCUGUAUGUACCUGCAUAUAUUUGCUCAUUGGUUAUCGUCUGGUACAAACGCAGAACAAACUAUGAUUUCCUUUUGGUAUUUGAACAUGCAAAAGUCUCUUGAAUAACGCUUGUUAACUGUUAUUAAAAUCAAAUGGUUUUGCAAACCAUAAGAGGUAACAUUUACAACCUUUUCAUAGACUGACUUUCUUUCAAUCCAGAAGAAUUGUAUCACAAAUGUACAGAAUCACGUUCUUUAUGAGGAGUUACGGAAUGAAAAUGCUAAAUAAACAGUUGAAGGUGCUCUGUUGCGAAACUUUA